AAAAUUACCUUUGAAGAUGACUCGUCCGAUGAAGAGAAAAACAUGUCUGAUUCUGACCCUGAGAUUAAUGAGCUGAAGAAAGAGACAAGGAAAAUAAACAAGAAGUUCACUAGGUUCAGAAAUCCUGCUACAAACAACAAACACAAAACUUCUUCCUCAAACUAUUCUGAAAGAGUUAGCAGACCAUCAGAUAAGGCUGUCAGCAGUGACCCAAUGAAGUGCUUUAAAUGUGGCAAGCCUGGACACUUUGCUAAAGAGUGCCAAUCUGCCAAGAAGAAGUAUUUCAACUACUACACGCAGAAGGCAUAGAUCGCUAAACAAAAGGAGCAAGGGGUUGUCCUAAUGGCUGAACAUGAUAGCUGGCUCGAAGAUUCUGAAGAGAGUGAGCCUGAGAACCUGGCUCUAAUUGCAAGGGUAACUGGAUCUGGAAGUGAAAGUGAAGACUCUGAAGAAGAAGAAGACAAUGCUCCUACAUCUGCUGAAAAUGAGGUUAUUUCUUUGGGGAUGUAAGCACUCUAAAGUUGCUUGGUGUGAUGUGUGUCUACCUAAGAGUGAGGGAGGUUUGGGGGUAAGAGAUACUAAGGUAUGGAAUAAUGCCUUACUAUCUCGUACACUUUGGAACAUCCAUGCUAAACAAGACUCCCUAUGGGUGAAGUGGGUCCACGGAGUCUACCUCCAAGGGAGGUGUGUGUGGACCUUUGUUCCACACACGAAGGACUCGAGGCUUAUGAAGGCGUUAGCUAAUGUACGUGAUUUGAUUUUAUCUAAAUUCCCUUCUUUAGGGAUGGCCGUGAAUUUCUUAGAGAAGAGUUCCCUUCUUGGGAAGCUCUCUUCCUCUAAGGUUUAUGAAUUACUCCGAACCAAAGGGACCGCCCAUCCAUGGAUGUCAUUUAUUUGGAAAAGCUAUAUUCCCCCCAAGUUCUCGUUCAUUACUUGGCUAGCCUUCCGGGGUCGGUUAGCCACAUAUGACAGCUUGGGGUUUUUAGAUAUCAAUGAUGCUUGUCUUUUUUGUAAGGGUGGCCCGGAAACGGUGCCACACCUAUAUUUCGAAUGUACUUUUACAGGACAGGUUUGGACCUUGGUGAAGAACUGGCUUGGAAUUUCAAGGAGGAUGAGCACAUUGCUGAGUACAGCUAAAUGGAUAAAGAAAGAGAACAAUGGAGCCCACGCUAAGGCCAAAGGAGUUAGACUUGCUUUUUGCUACACCGUAUAUUGGAUAUGGCGUACAAGGAACAUGAUUUGCUUUGAGAAGAUCAAACCUAAGGUGGAGGAUUUGGUGAAGAAUAUUAAGUUCAUGGUGUACAAAAUUCUCUAUGCUAUGUAUCCGUUUGAUAGGAUAACAUUCUAAGUUUUGCCUUUUUUUGCUGAUUCGUCACCGAUUGUUUUGUGAUGGCUAGCAUGUAUAUGUAGCUAGAUGAGGUUUUGCAAGGUGAUAGGGUAUCCUGUCCUGGGAUGACCUUGUUUUUGAUGUUUUG